AUUUUGUUGUUAAUAGUAAAGUCUAUCGAGAAUAUUGUAUUAUGGCACAUUUUUGGUAUACAACAUCAUACGCAUGGAACACAAUUUGUAAAUUUGGGGAAUGGAUCGGGAUGCCGGAUGGAUGAUGAAGAUACUGAGACAGAAAUGCCCCUCAGCCAGGGUGAGCAUGAGCUCAUUAGGGAAUUACAACCUGGCAUGAGCCAAGAAUUCAAAUACUUGUUGGAGGAUGAUGUUCCUGAUGGUGAUGUGUUUGCCAAUGUGCGAAAUCAGGAAUUCUUGGUGAAACAAGAAGUUAAAAGUCCAGUUAUGAUAAUGCCUGGACUUAGUUAUUCCACUACACAGCAGAAUUCAGCUAUAACUUCAUAUACAGAGGUGUCCAAUGAAGAUGUUACAAGCGAACCUCAGAGAAAAAAACAAAAAUUCACUUCAAAUCAGGAGCAGAAUUAUACACAAGUACGUCCUGCCAACAGUAGCAAUACCUACAACCAAUUAGUAAUGGCAAGUUACACUAAUCGUACGCUUCAAACACCAAUGUCUGUGGUCUAUGAUUCUUAUGUGGCAGCUCAUCCCAAAGUGCCGGAUUUAGGAACUAUACCAAAAACUGGAAAGUACAACUUUGGUAUUGAGUUUGAGGACACUUUAAAACCACCAACCAAAAGCUGUGCUUUCACUUACUCCAAAUUAUUAAAAAAGUUAUUCGUUCGUCAUGGUUGUCCUGUUCCUAUUCAUUUUCACACAAAGAUUGACCUUCCUGUAAAAGAUACUAAAAUACGAGCAUUUCUAAAAUACAAAGAGGAAAGUCUUAAGCAUGAUGUUGUACAAAAAUGUCCGUGGCAUUUAAUGCAAGAUGAAGGCAAUACGCACUCUGAACAUCUUUUGCAAGUAGUUCAAGGUGACACCUCUUAUGAAAAGUGUGAUCUCACAGGACACUAUGUUGUCUCGUUUCGCCCAGAUAGUGGAAAAUUGCGUUGCAAUAACUUUUGGGAAAAUUUUAAACUGACCUGUUCCACCUCAUGUAAAGGUGGAAUUAACCGAAGAUCAGUUGUGUUAUACUUCCUGCUUUAUGUCAAAGAUCAAGUGCAGGGUCAUGAUUCAGUAGAUAUACGGAUCAGCUCAAGCCCUGGCAGAGACAGAAAAACUGCUGAAUCUAAAAUGCAAGCUUCGACUUCUGCUGAAUCAAUGUGCAAUGAUGCUAGUUUAGCACCACCUCAAAAAAGGGAUCCACAAAGUAAAACAAACAAAGAAAUGAUAGAAAAACCUAGCUCGAGUAGCCUGCAUGCUAAACAUAAACCCAAAGGAAAACUAUUAACAAUUUUUGAUGAUGUUGGAGAAGAUGAUAAAAACUAUUAUCGUAUCAAACUACCUUUGGUUAAAGGUUUAGCAAAUGCACAGUGUCUGUUACACAUGGCAUCAUUAAUGGCAACCUCAGGUGAAAUUAGUGUAGCUAAGGGACCUUAUGCCGAACAAGGCUCUUCUUCACGUCAGAAAGAAGAAAAAUUUGCAACUAUAAAGACUGAAGAACUUCGCAGCACAUCUUCAGUAAUAACAAACCAAAUUAAGAGAAGUCUUAGUGAUCCUUUACAUUAUGGUAGACAAUAUAAAGAAGUUACGGUGGAGGCAAACAUAGAUUUCCAGAAUAAAAUAUAAUACUAAAUAAUUUUUUUCGUUUUAAUAUUUGGAUUUUUUUUUUAUUUUAGAGUAUUUUUAUGUGAUACCUUAUUUAGUGUUUAUAUUUUAUAAAAGUUUGUAUCUCAACUUUUCUUACGUCUUAAUAUCUGUUUAUAAUUAUGAGUAUUUGCAUAUCUGAAAAAUUUUUCACCUUUGUAGGGUGACAUUAUAGUUUUAUAGUAACAUAUAAAUAUAGAUAUAUUUAACUAGAAAACGUUUAUUGAUUAAGACGUAAACAUUUCUUUUAGAACAUAAUCAUAGUUUUCAUUUAUAAUUAAAAUUUAAGUAAGAAAAUAUGCUCAAAUAUGCUUAAAAAAAUUAACACUUGUAUUUAUGAUGGUAACCGGUGAUGCAGUUACCUUUUAGCAGAUCUUCAUAUUUUGUAGCAGAUACAACAUGUUUACAUGAGACUGGAGUGUAUUUAAGGCAAAGUAAAUUUUACACAACAAUAAAGAAUGCCACUUUUUACAUAAUGUUUUAUUUCUGGGGUGGCCUGUUUUUAUGACUUUACAGCAUGCUCACUGAAAAAAAAACAUAUCUCACUCCUAGCUCGAAGUUUACUUCCAUUAAUUUAUUCAAAGUGGAACGCCAUCCACAUUUCAAAAAGUGAUAAAGAUUCUCAUGUAAAUUAGCCUAAAACAUACAUCAUGGACCCAAGUGACUUAAACUGGUUUAAGUUUCCUUAGGUCUAGGUAAAAAAAUAUAGUUUAGUAAGUUUCGCAGUUUCUGUGAUUUUGAUUUAUAAUUUUAUUACGUAUAUGAAUAGGUUAAAAAUUGACUAGAUAUUAACCUCUUAUAGCUGCUAUAUAAACUGUGGAUGUCUUGUCACAUGUCAAUGUAUAUAUUUUCAACGUUGUUUUUAUGCAAAAUUGUAAUAUUUUUUGGAAACAAUUUCUUUGUGUUGUUCAA